AUGACGGCCACCCAACUUAAUCAAUUAGAGUACUAUCAGACCGGCUGCGGAAGCGGCUGUAUCUUUCCGUAUUAUGAUUCGUAUGCUCGGCGCCGAAAUUCCUUUGCUAAUUGGCCACACGCGUCGCAUCCUGCGACCUCGAGGUCGCUAUCUCCGGCCGAAGAUGAACUGGCCUCUGUUGUCGGCAGAGGAGAGCGCGACGACAGAUUGCGACCACCAGACGAUAGACUACGACCGCCAGACGACAUUAAAAACAUAAUGAGAACGUACGAAUUAGCGGCCUGUGGAUUCUUUUACAGCGGCUUGGGUGACAUAACAGUUUGCUUCAAAUGCGGUCUGGCGAUCGGCGAAUGGCCGUUGCACGACUCGCAGCUCUCUGUGACACGCGAUCACGCUGCCUGGAAUCGCACGUGCAUGAUGACCGCGGCACCCUCGCUGCCGCCGUACGUUCGGCGUACAAAACUAGCAUCGCGAGGCACGUUGUCGGGGGUGGGAGACUUCGGGCCAAACAUCCGCAUAAAAUUGCUGGACGUAUCCCGCGCGCUCGAUCGUGAGUUUCAGGCAUACCGGAUGAUGGUGAAGAUCGUUGGUCGUAUCACUGACUCAUAUCAGAGCGCGGUGUCGCGCUGGGAACAAGCGCAUACCGCGUGGGAGUGUCUUCUUUACUCCGGCGGCGAUACGAUACAGCGUUUCACACUAAUGGAGAGUGUCUGGCGUGCUUUAGACUUGUUGCAUCAUCGCAAACGUGCCGACAGCAGCGACGUGGUAGUGGAGACGACGACGACGGCGACGACCGAUGCUUCUUCUUCCUAUAAAGACGAAAACGCGGCUCACGAAUGCUGCAUUUGUUACGGCGCGCGAAACGCAUUACUGCUGCCCUGCCGACACUUCGUCACGUGCGCGAUCUGCGCAAGUCGACUGGACACUUGUCCCCUGUGCCGCUCAAUCAUCUGGUGUGUGGUGCAGGCAAGGCUGUAG